AUGCCCACUGUGUCGCGGUGUUUCAGAAGUGAAAGACAUAUACAAAAACCAGCAAAUGUUAUACAAGAAACACGUCAUGGCGAAAGAGAUUUAGAAAUACAUCAUACACAUUAUUUAUUAUUGGAUGAUGUUCCAAUAGUGACAAUUGUAGUUGACGGUGGUCGUGAUACAAUAAAAAAUAUUUAUUACGAUUUACAUCAUGAUGUAUCUGUUGUCAUUGUUGAUGGAUUUGUGAGCGUAAAUAAAAAUGCAUUUCCAUCUUGUCUGAAUUUUCCACCUGGUGCCGCAAGGGAAUGGUACAAUAAUCAUCAAGAAGAAUGUUCGGAUUAUGUGUCAUUAAUACAUGAAUUGAAAACAACGUUUUCAUCAUUAAUCAGAGACGAGAUGGCAUUUCAAAGAUUACCAUGCCAACAAACUUACAGUGAAACAAUCAUAGAUUAUUAUAAUCAUGUUUUACAAUUAUGUCAACAAGCUGACCCAAAUAUGAGUGAUGAAUCAACAGUUAAAUAUUUAAAACAAGGUGUUAAACCAUCAUUUCGUGAAAAAAUUUUGGAUCAAAAUCCCACAACACCCAAAGAAUUUCUUCGAUACGCUCGUCGAAUUGAAGAUAUAAAAGAUAGUUUAGCCAUAAAUACAACAUCAUCAUUCAGUCAGGAUACGCCAUCGAGUGGUUAUCAUUCAUCGCGUCAAUAUUAUAAUAAUAAUCGUAAUAAUGGUCGGGCAUAUCAACAGCAGCAUCCAAUACUACCAUCGACACCUAGGUUACCAAAACCAGCCACGAAUGUAUCAUCAUCGUCCGCUAAUAAUAAUCACUAUUUUGAACGACAAAAUGUUACAUGUUAUGGAUGCGGUCAACAAGGACAUUAUCUACGAGCAUGUCCCCAAAAUCGGCAGCAACGACAACAUUUUCUGUAA